AUGGCUCCAAUCGACCUCGGCACUCUGUCCAGCAACUGGAAGAUAUUGCAACAGCGACUGAAGCCUUCAACGCCGGCAACACCUCCGAAGAGCAAGAAGUUCGAAGAAGAGACGCAGUCUUCACUCAAGCGCAAGAGAACGCAGCACGCCAAUGGGAAGCACGGAGAUGAAUCAGUAAAGUCUGUAAACGGCUCACAGAAGAACACACCGCGAAAACCUCUACCCUCGAGAAAGCGACAGAAAAUGGAGGAGCCGGCGUCUGUAGGCGCCUCAGUCAAGCAGCAUGACACCAAAACACUUUCUAAGAGCGUCUCAAUGCCCUCUCUUAAGAAGACGCCUCUUUUGAGCGACCCGAGGGACGCUGCUGCCGCUGUCUCCAUCCUCGAACCACACCCCGACUUCCCCGAUGUAGAGAAUGAAGGUGUAUCAGAGGUAGCGCUGCCGGGCAAAUACGUCGCAUUAGAUUGCGAGAUGGUGGGAGUAGGACCAGAGCCCAACCGCGACUCUGCGCUUGCAAGAGUGUCUCUAGUCAACUUUCACGGUCAUCAAGUCUACGAUUCCUACGUUCAGGUACCACGACAGAUUGAAAUCACCGACUACCGAACACAUGUCUCAGGCAUCGAGCCUAGGCAUCUCCGCAAAGAUGUCGCGCGACCCUUCGACGAAGUACGAAACGACCUCAAGAUCCUCCUUACUGGGCGCAUACUCGUUGGUCACGCGGUGAAGAACGAUCUCGACGUGCUCAUUUUGAAGCAUGACAAGCGCUUCAUCCGCGAUACAUCCAAGUUCUCAAAAUUCAGAGAGCUGGCCAUAAUACCGGGGCGCACACCAGGUCUGAAGCUGUUAGCAGAGAAACUGUUGGGUGUGGAGAUUCAAGUCGGUGCGCAUAGCUCGGUCGAAGACGCCAGGGCUACUAUGGCGCUGUUCAGGCUGGAGAAGGACAGCUUUGAGCUUGAAAUACGACAGAAAUAUGGAAACAUCCGCCUCGACGCAGUUGGACCGGAAGUUGACGUCGGUGGUGAGGAUACCAAGAAGAAGAGCCGGAACAGGAAGAAGAAAAAGAAGAGAAAUUAG